UCAAUUUUUUGAAUAUUUCGAGCACAUCGGAGGUGUAGGAGUUGGUGAACACCCAUGAUCUGUAGAUGUCGCAGUUGGAAGGGUCCAGGAAGAUUUAUGCACAGGGAGAUGAUUAUCACGAGUACUUCAAGCGCUCAUUUGAGGAAGACAUCGCUGCGCAAGUGCCUCAAGGAGUGGAAUGGGGUUACAACUAUUGAUUGGGGGAAAUCAGGCAGAGGAGGGCAUGUUGACGGACCAAGUGGCGAGGCAAAAUUUUCUAAUGAUUUUGAAGUUCAUUAUAUUGGCAGUAGCUGA